AUGGCAAAUGUUGCAACAGCAUUGUUUGAUGUCAAAGUAAUGCUGGAGGCCCCAAGAUGUUCUCCUGCCUUACUGAGAAGGCUGUGGAUUUACUUCAACAAACAUGACUUGAGUGUCCUAUCGCACAGUUUGGUGGCUUUUCAGACUUUGAUACAACUUUUUAUGAUCUCGUAUUUGUCGCAAUGGACCCAAGGUAAAGAUCGAAUGGUUGCACUAGGUGCUUCCUAUGAAAGGUACAUGAUUAAUUGGACCCAGGGACAUCCUUUGGGUCGUCGUUUUGAGCUCUGUUCUAAAGAUUACCGAAUAGAGGAAGGCGAAGUUUUAUCUACCUUUUCCGCUUUACAGUACAGAAAGAUUCCUGGUAAGCUUUUAUUAUUUGUAGACGAAAGCUAUUGGGUACCAAAAACAGUAAACAUGCUUCGUUGGUAUUAUGAGGUUUUGGAUUGGCUACUUGAUCACGUUCAGGUUUGA